UUACAUUACAGUAUAGCUGGUCGAACGUAUAGAUAGUGUAUUAAAACAGUAUAAACGGCGAGGUUCUCUCGUGUUGCUACUACUGAUCGCACAUUUUAAAGUGAAAUUUCUCUUAAUAUAGUUUUUGUUUUAUUGUGUCCGUUCGUUGACUGUGGUACUGCUGAGAGACCUAAAACAUGACCAUUCGCGUAGAAACGGACCAAGAAGGAAUCCCUUACGUAACAUUAGGUAACUACGAGCUGCGACUGGAUUUGGAAGAUUUAUCGGGAGAGUUUGCCGAAAGAGCCAAGACUGAGUUAUUAGAAACCCCCGAGAGAUUAAACGAAGGAUUGGAGAAGUUUAGGGAGUUAAUUCAAGACGAAACUGGCUUAAGUUUACCACUAAACGACGACAAAUUCCUCCUAAAAUUCUUACGUCCGUUCAAAUGUGAUGCGGAACAAGCCUUUAAAAUGAUGAAAAAAUUCUACAAAUUUAAAGUGAAAUACCCGAAAUAUGGAGGAUUAAACGUCACCCCCGAGGGAGUAAGACACGUUUUCGACAGUGAAGUGUUCACGAUCUUACCUACCAGAAGCUCAACCGGUGGACGGAUUAUGAUAAUUAAUGCAGGAAGCAAAUGGAAACCAAAAGAAGUAACACUAGAAGACAUGUUCAGAUCGAUAAUGGUAUCGAUAGAAAUCGCCAUGAUGGAGCCAAAGACCCAAGUCGGCGGCGUCAAUGUUAUCCUGAAUAUGGAAGGGUUAUCCCUUAAUCAUGUUUAUCAAUUUUCACCCACCAUGGCUAAUUUAAUAGUGCAUUGGGUCCAGGAAUGUGCUCCGGUGAGAUUACGAGGGAUCCACGUGAUAAAUCAGCCGUUUAUUUUUAACAUGCUUUAUGCAGUAUUUAAGCCGUUUUUAGGUGAAUAUCUUAAGAAGAGGUUAUUUUUUCACGGGACCGAUUUGAAGUCGCUCUGCGAUAAAAUCGGCGCGGAAAGUCUCCCGCCGAAAUACGGGGGUACCGCCGAAGUUCCCGACUAUCCAGGAUCGAUAUUUUCAGAGAUGUUGUUUUAUUACCAAAACGAUUUUAAAGUACAUCAAACCUACGGGUACAUCACGGAAAUUAAGGAAAAGGGCCUGAUGUCGUCCACAAACGCUGCUGUGAUUCAAUCUUAACAAACUCUGAUUUAUUAGGGAUAUAUUUAAGUGAAAUAUUACACAUGUUUAUAAAUAAUUGAUGUGAUCUCGAUACUAAUCACCUUUACUUAUAAUAAGGAAUUUUAUUAAAUCUGAUGUGCUCUAUAUUAAUAAAAAACUUAUAUAGUACAAUA